UUUCGAACUACCUGGUGUUCAUAAAUAAGAGUUUAACGAUUGCUACCUGCUGGGUAUGAGCUGGUUACAAAGGCGGAUUUAUGGCUAGGCCUCGUUGCUAGGGGCAGCGACCCGGCGGCCUUGCCUUCAGAGGCCGAGCCUGUGCCUCGACCGCAGUGCCCGGCCGUCCGUUAACCCGCAAUCCCGGGCGCCUCUGUGUGUCAGCAGCGGAAAUCUGAGGGGAAGCUGCUCCGUUCUGGGCUGGUCGAUUGAUUCGCGUCAAAGAGCGGCAGCGCCUCCUACCUCCCCCUCCCACUGCCGCUGCAGCUUUGCUUCUCAGUCGUCCCGCUCCUCCGGUGGAGACAAGAUGUCUGACCCCAUCCCCAUCAGAGCCAAGAAGCUGCGACCCAGGCUUCACGGCAGAAGCAGCCUCCAAAACGCUGAACCCGCAGGUGAUAGUCUCUCAGAUGUGCACAACAAGACUGGGACUCUCAAGCAAAUUCAUUGCUCUCAGUCACUUCCUGGAACUCCACUCUCACUCAAAUCUUUUCCUAUUCACCUACCAACAUCCAUGGAUGGAAAGUAUAAGGAGAUUGCAGAGGAGCUGUUCACCCGAUCACUGACAGAGAGUGAUAUGAGGACUGCUCCUUAUGAAUUUCCAGAGGAGAGUCCAAUCGAACAGCUGGAGGAGAGACGGCAACGGUUGGAACGCCAGAUCAGUCAGGAUGUGAGACUAGAACCAGAAAUUUUGCUCAGAGCCAAACAGGACUUCAUGAAAAUUGACAGCGCUACAGAUCUACAACACUACAACGACCAAAUUGAUGCCACAACAGAGAAGUACCCUGAGGAAAAAGAGAAUGAGAUUGAGCAGGAAUUCCAACGAGUUCGCAUUUUUGGAGAAGAAAAAUGUGGGGUUCCUUUCACAGACCUUCUGGAUGCUGCCAAAUGCGUUGUCAAAAGCCUGUUUGUUCGAGAGAAGUACAUGGCUCUCUCUCUGCAGAGCUUCUGUAAGACCACUAAGAGGUUUCUGGAGCAACUGAGAGACGGGCAGUGUCAAGCAAACUUGCAUGAUGAAAUGCUGGAAGCACCCAUUUCACCAGAUACAACAAUCCAUUCACCAUUUGCUGAGGAGCAUCCAUAUAAAAACUGUGACCCAAGUAUAAUGCCAGAGGACAUUGGGUUUGGCUGCAAAAUGAUAGAUGGAGUCACCCAUGUGUACUCUGAAUCAAAGAUUAUGGACAAGAUGACAGAACUGAAUCUGCCCCACCCAGAUCUUCAGGAGUUCACUGCAGACAUGAAUGUUUUAAUGGCCCUAAUAAUUAAUGGACCAGUGAAAUCCUUCUGCUAUCGAAGGCUGCAGUACCUGAGUUCAAAGUUCCAGAUGCAUGUUUUACUAAAUGAAAUGAAAGAACUGGCUGCUCAGAAGAAAGUCCCACAUCGAGACUUCUACAAUAUUCGCAAAGUUGAUACCCAUAUUCAUGCAUCAUCCUGCAUGAACCAGAAACACCUUCUCCGUUUUAUCAAGCGUUCAAUGAAGAAGAACCCAGAUGAAAUUAUUCACAUGGAAAAUGGAAAAGGACAGACGCUGAAGGAUGUCUUUGAGAGCAUGAACCUCACAGCAUACGAUCUCAGUGUGGAUACACUAGAUAUGCAUGCGGAUCGAAACACCUUCCAUCGGUUUGAUAAGUUCAAUGCCAAGUAUAACCCAAUUGGGGAAUCGAUUCUUCGUGAGAUUUUCAUCAAGACUGAUAAUUACAUUGAAGGCAAAUAUUUUGGUCACAUUAUAAAGGAAGUGAUGGAAGAUCUUGAAGAAAGUAAGUAUCAGAAUGCUGAGCUCCGCUUGUCUGUAUAUGGUCGCUCCCGGGAUGAGUGGGAUCGACUGGCAAAGUGGGCAGUGAAGCACAAAGUCUACUCCAACAAUGUGUGCUGGCUGGUGCAGGUUCCCCGGCUUUUUGAUGUCUUCCGUACAAAGAAACAGCUGAACAACUUCCAAGACAUGUUGGAGAACAUUUUUAUUCCCAUCUUUGAAGCAACAAUUAAUCCUCGUAAUCACCCAGAGCUUCACUUGUUUCUUCAGCAUGUCGUCGGUUUUGAUAGUGUCGAUGAUGAAUCCAAACCAGAACAUCACAUCUUUAAUGCAGAUAGCCCCUUACCCAUGAAUUGGACAGAAGAUGAUAACCCACCAUAUGCCUAUUAUCUUUACUACAUGUAUGCUAACAUGACGGUUCUGAAUCAUCUUCGCAAGAAGAGGGGAUUCAAUACGUUUGUCUUACGACCACAUUGUGGAGAGGCUGGUCCUAUCCACCAUCUCAUAUCUGGAUUCAUGCUUUCUCAGAAUAUUUCCCAUGGUCUUCUGCUUCGAAAGGCUCCGGUGCUGCAAUAUCUGUACUAUCUGGAUCAGAUUGGAAUUGCAAUGUCCCCGCUCAGCAACAACAGUCUUUUCUUGAGUUAUCAUAGAAACCCAUUGCCAGAGUAUCUCUCCAGAGGUCUUAUGGUAUCUCUAUCUACUGAUGAUCCUCUGCAGUUUCACUUUACCAAGGAGCCACUGAUGGAAGAAUACAGCAUUGCUGCCCAAGUAUGGAAAUUGAGUUCCUGUGAUAUGUGUGAGCUGGCACGGAACAGUGUGCUAAUGAGCGGUUUCUCUCACAAGGUAAAGAGCUACUGGUUAGGACCAAAUUAUCAAAAGCAGAGCAUAGAGGGUAACGAUAUCCGUCGCACUAAUGUCCCAGAUAUUCGGGUUGCCUACCGCUAUGAAACGCUGUGUGAAGAACUGAAUUUGAUUACACAGGCAUUGAUCACUGCAGAACAAUUGGAGAAUGAUUCCAUAAACAUGACGCCGGUAUCUGAAUCACGAUAAGCUGCUUUUUAUAUUUGUGAAUGAAAGCCUGCACAUGGAAGGCCAGUGUUGUUAAAAACCAUUGUAAACUGGACACCUAUAGAAUGCUCGUGCAUCUGGCAGUGUUUACCCCACUAUGUAACUGCUACAAAUAAUUAUUAGUACUAGGAGCAUUUGAAUUGAAAACAGUUUGAAAACUUUAGCUUCUAGCAUACCCACAACAGGCUCUACCUUUCAUUGUGCUUGUUUUACAACAAUGUGUGAGUUAUUUAAAUCUAGUUGCCUGUUCUUUUAGAUUACUUUUUAGCUGGCAUGACCUGAAUGUUGGAGUUGUCCAAGGUGAGGAAGUGAUGAGUCCAACAUGUUGCUUCUCAUAUGAGUGUGACUCUGUGCAUUCGUUUGGUUUAUUCUCAAAAGUUCUACCUCCGUGCAUUCUAAGAGGUGCUAUGGUACCCACCCGCUUGCCUUAGUUCCUACGCAUUUCAUGACCAUUAAAAUUGAGGGUCUGCCUCGAUUUUUCAUUUUUUUAAAACUGACACAGCAGCCGCUUAGCUUGUUAGAUUCUCCCAUAAGCAUGAUGUGACUAGGAUGUUUAAAAAUUGAGGAGCUAGAAUUAGUUGAAGGAAGUUCAGCAAACAUCCAACUUAUACAGAGUCAACAUAGUGUGGAGCUGGAGGACCGUAGCAGGCCAAGCAGCAUCAGAGGAGUAGGAACAUCGAUGUUUUGGACCCAACUCCUACUCCUCUGAUGCUGCCUGACCUCCACACUGCGUUGGCUCUGACUCCAGCAUCUACAGUUCUUGCUGUAUCCAAAUUAUACAUACUUGUUGUUGAAUUUGGGGCCUGAAUGAGCAUUCUGAGCAAUCGGUUUUACUUUUAACCACUGUCAUCAGCCUGAUGGUGAUUUCAGGAUUGCUAAUGCUCUUUGGUCUCCUAGGUCUAAAUCAGAAUGUUAUGGGUUCAGUCACCACUCCAGGGAUUAGAAGCUCAUAAUUUAGAAAGAUCCUUCAAUGCAUAUUGCUGUAUUGUCAGAUGUGCUAUUUCUGUGAUGAACUGUUAAAUUGGUUUUACUUUCUGUUUGUUAACAGAUGGACAUAAAAGUAGUGCGGUGUUGUUUUCCGACCCCCAUCCAAUUAUUAACUCUCACUCUGUGUCACCAAAAACAGAUUAACUGGCGAAUCCUGCCAUGAUCAAUUUGCUGUUUCAGCUGCCUGCAAAAUAACAAUGAUUAAACUUAAGAAGUAAUCCAAAAGCUGUAAACCUCUUUGGGGCACACUGACUUUAUGAAACCUACUUAAUUUUUACUUUGAAUUUCACCUUGCCUAGAUUACUUUCCCUAAAUAUAUUACAUGUGAUGGUGUUCACAGAAUUGUGACUUGCAGAAUUUGUGUUAAAUAAUGCAACUUUUUUUCAAAAAAAAGGUGAAGUUGAGCCCAAGUUUUUGCUUAUUAAUUCAUUUAUAAAUUGAAGUCAAGCUAUCUGUAGGGUGUUCGAAAUCUGCUGACAGUUUGCUCAGUAUUGAUGAUGAAUCUUUGAUUAAAUUGCUAUUUGUGCAUUUGCUCGGCACUUGAGCCUAGUAUUCUGCUUUUUGAUAACCUUGCAGAAUCAAAAGCUAACAGCUUCAUUCUAGAAAAUGUAGGCAUAUUUAAAAUGGGUUGCAGCUUAUACAAUUGAUAAUUAUUGACUGGGAAACAGAAGGAGGGUAACUGCCAUAUUGCUGCAUGAUAACAUACUGCUUGGAUACUGCUAAUUUUCUGUUAAAUGCUGGUGUAUACAUUGUUUAAUAAAUCCACACCUACUUACUAUUCCUCAGAAUGCAUAUCAUGACCAUGUUGCAUUCGGCAGUGAAAAGCUACAUCCUAAUGCCAAAAGAGCCCUUCAGUAAAAAUUACUUCUGACCUUAUUAAGUAGUAAUUUUGUUUCAGCUAUUUGUGGAAGUGAAAUUCAGACAACAUGGACACCAUGUUUGCUGUUCAGCUCUCUGGUAUUAGAGAACUUAUUGCUGGACUGGAGCUGGAGAUUUUUCAGGAGGAAGAUCAAGCUUUUCUAAGUGGGGAGAAAAGUUGUGAACUAAUCUUUGUCUAAUUGCUAUUUGCUUUUAAAUCCAGUGUUCAAUUAAGCUUUUUAACAUUCGCUUUGGCUACCUACAUAUUUACUGUAGUAGCAUACAUAUUAUGUAGUGUUUACCUUCAUGCAAUGUACACUCCCAUCCUUUUGAAUGGCUGUAUUUUGUUUGCUAUUGAAAUAUAGUCAUAUGACUAAAAUAAGAUGGGGGAACCCAGCAUGAAAUUUAUACUUAGGCCCAGAGAGACAAUUGUUACCACUGAAGGCAAGCCACCUACCUGAACUCUUCUUCAGCAGAUGGGUUCAAUUCUUGAUGCUUUCAUUUUGUUAUACAGAUCACAAAGCCUUUCAAUGUUAUUUACAUCUAUCUACUGCUCACCUAAAUCUUUUACUGCCUCUAUUACAGGCAACUUUCACAGAUAUCCUGAAACUGCCCUACAAGCCAAUUAAAUAAUUGCCUCAGUGUUUGCAUUUUUGACUGAAUGAUGUCACAUGGUGAAUGUUUCACAUUUUUUUAACAUCUUUUGUUGACAUUUUACUAAAUAGCUUUUAGUAAUGUAAUUUAUUUUUUAAAAUAUAGUAAAUAAUGUUCAUGUACUGUGACUAUUUUGGUGUGGGAUAAUGGGAUUUUAUGAACAAGUUGAACUUCAAUGAUGUGAUUCGUGCAAAUGAAUCACUUGGCUCUUGGAGCUUUGUAAUGCCAACAUCGCUAUUUGCUGGCUGUACCUUCGUGCAAAUCGGUUUUACAUUAGCACUUUUAUAACAUGACUUGUUAUCUGAAGGCACAAUAGUCAGAUUCUGUUUGGCAACACAUGGGAUUUCUAGAAGGUGGCCAAGAGGAGAUUGCUGUAGCAUGAAACAUAGUAUACAGUGAAAGUCCAUGGUUAUUCCGUGUACAAUCAGUAACUCAAUCAGUUAUCUGACAGUGAUGAUGUAGUCUUGGUUUAUGAUUAACUAACUGUGAAUCUUUGAAGGUCAGUAAUGGUUAGAAAACAGUCUUUGUUAGAGACCCCAGCAUCAAUCCUCAAACAACUUGUUCCUCAGUGCUAUAAACAAUGACAAUACUUAUUUGUCCGAAGAAAAUAGGCAGCAUAGCAGGAGAGAGUUUAGGUAGCUCCUGUGGGAUGAAGAAAAGCAUUGGCACGAAUUUAAUGGCCUCAAUAAUCUCUGUGCUAUAACAUUCUUCGCUAAACAUUGACAUUUUUGUGUAUCUAAACUGUGUCAGCAGUUCUUCUACACUGAACUUUAUUUGAAUUCUUUUGAACAUUGUCUAAACUUUGUUAGAUUAACUUAAACUGCAUCUGAUACAUUUAAAACAAAAAUUAAACUUGAGUCUCCUCUUCAGGUGCCCCACACUGUUCCCGACUGUAUGAGCAACAUACGCUGCCCUAAUUUCUGUGGAGGUGUUCCGCAACUAACCUGUAACAGGAAAAGACAAAACCAAUUACUAUCAGAUUUUAUUCUUUUUGUUAAAUCCACAUUGCUACCUUGCAUUUGAAUGCCUCUGACAGCCCUGCUGUAAAGUACAAUUUUUACAAGCCUUAACUCAAUUUUAAUCCAGGUCUUAAAUAUUGGGAGUGAUUUCUUAUAAAAGCCUGGGUAUAUCUUGAGUCUAAUAUUCACAUGUUUUGAGGUUUAUAGAGGAGGCAGAAACCAAUGUAGUAUACUCACGACACAGAAACACAUGGGGAAGCGUAACUUCAUUCUGAUGAUGAUGUCCUUUUACGUUGGAACGUUUUAGAUUCUGGCAGUUCUCCUUUGUAUUAAGGGAAUAUUCCAAUCACUGCUAAACUGACCAGAAUUUUACUUUAUUUGUACAUUUUGUAUUAUUUUAAACCUUUUUGUUGCAAAACAGAAUAAACCGUGUUGUUGAUUGAGCUGCAAGCUAUUCUCAUACACGCUGUAAUCAUUUCACUGGAAGAAGUUCCCAUUGUAGCCAUUUGUUUAAAUCCAUUAUAUAGAAUUAUCUAUAUUUAUAGCAUUAAAUAUUAGUAUGAGCUGUUUUAAGUGUCAUUUUUCCAUGCACUUUCUUGAUAAGACCAAAUUGUUAGAAAAUGGUGUGUUCUACUAGUUUUGCAACAAAAUGGAAAAAACUCUUAAAAAGCAAAAAGAGCUGGUUUACAAGAACUGGCUUACAAUAUUAUCCAAUAUUAUAAUUCUUUAAUUAUAGCACUCAUCAUGUUUUUAAUCAACAGAUUAGUCAAAUUAACUUUUCUAGAUUAAAACGAGAUGAAUGCGCGAGAUUGGUAACAUUUAAAAUGACUAAAUUGAGUAUGACCUUGUAUUUUGUACUUUUGUAACUUUGUAUUUUGUUUACAUCUUAGAUUUCCAGCAUUUAGGUUUUAAUUCUAUCAGUGCUUUUCUCGAUAUUCCAAUUAAUGUGUAAUCAUGCUGUGAUUCAGUUCAUAUUACAUUUAAGCUAGACUUGAUUCAUAGUUUGUGUGUAGCUCUAUCUCAUUCUUAAAUAGUGGAUUCCUUCUGACGGCAGGUAUAGCAACCAUGCUAAAAGAUUGACACACUGAUUUUCAGUUCCAGUCAGCAUGGAGAGUCUAAAUAGCGUACAUUCAGCUCUGAAACAAAUUUAGCCGAUGUUGUAAAAUGCACAGAUUCUGCUACUAUAGAGUAAAUUAAAACUGAUUAUAGUAUACUGAUCUAUAUGCCUGACAAUCUGAUUAUAAUAAUAUGAUCAGCAAAUAUAGUGCUUUGAAGAAAAUUGCUGUUGCUAAUACAGAAGAAAAAUGAAGAUGAAAGAAAGUUGCACAAUAUCAUAUUGGACUACAAAUGCAGCUAAAUCAGUGAAACUCAUAUAUCCUCUAAAGUCGUUCAAUGGUUGAGAAAUAUUACAAUACAAUACAGACUGGAAAUGCUGCAAAUUAAAUCCCAAGUGUGCCAGGAUGGAACAGCCUUUGGGACAUUUAUCAUUGUAGCACCCCUAGACCUAGAAUGGGAGCUCUUUUUCUCCUUGAUGGCUAUGCAGCCCCCCCCCCGCCUCCACACUGGCAUUGUAUUUAUGUGUUUCUUGACUGAGGGAAAGAUUGAUCUGAGUGCAGGCUGAUUUUCGGCCACCACGCCCUCCAUUUCUCCCUCUAAUGAUCUCCUACCAUACAGAAAAGUACUUCAGUAACAGAGGCAGUGUUUCCACAAGGGAAAAGUAGAUGAGCAGUUGGAACAGGAGUUAUUUGCGAAGAAUGGUAGGCAUUAGCAGAAAAUGGAAAUAAUUUUGUUAAUUUUAAUGCAGAUUUGUGUAAUGCUGUUGUCUUUCACAGUUGUAUUGGCAUAGAUAUUUUAGAGUUAAACUCUCUCUGCAUUAUUCCAUACUCUUGUGUAAAAUGUAUGUAGUUAAUGACAUAGUGAAUCAUGCCUUUUCUGGCAAAGCUUAGAACAUGUAAAGCAGGCUGUCCAUCAUCAGUAAAGCCCUCUAGCUCAGUUAAUUGGACAGUUGGGAUGCAAAGUAAGUCGAAAGCUUGGGUUUGAUUCUUGUAUCAGUUGAACUCGCCAUGAAGGCCUGACCUCCUUAACUUCACCCCUCGCAUGAGGCAUCCUGAACGUCGGGUUAAACUCACCACCCAUUGUCUCUGUCCAACGCGAGAGCAUCCCUGUGGUCUUCCGGAACUAUGGCAAUUUCACCUUUUAUUGUUGUUAGAGAUUCAGCUUGUUUCAUUUAAAAGCACUCCGUUGUGACAGGAAGUCCCAUUCCAUUUAAUUAGGCACAUGCUGAUUGUUCAGUGGAUUAUAGAUAGUGUUGUAUGUUUAGUCAUGCCACUUUUUGGAAGAGAUGUUUAGCAGAGGACCUACUAUCUCUUUUUGGUGAACAUAGAAGAUCAUGCAAGCAUUCAGCAAGGAGUAAGACAUUCUCUUUGUACACUGGCCGGCAUGUCAACCUCACAACAAAAAAAAACUUACAUACUGUGCAAAGUUGCUUGCAGCAUUUGCUUCCAAAUGAGUGAUUCCAGGUGAAAGUUGUUUACGAAGCACUUCACGAUGUUGAGGACUUGGAAAAUAAAACAUUAAUAGAAAUAAAUUGCAUUACAGCUAGUUUAAUAAGAUUAGAGAAGUGUAGCACGACAAAUGUGAGUCUGUAGAGCAGGGAAACUGUACUUUUUAAAACAUUUUUGGAAGGGAAUCGAUGAGCAGUUUUUUAUUUUAUUUAGCCAUGAGUAAUUUGGAAGUUUAAUGUGAAGACGUUAGAAAUUUUACCAAGACUUUAUAAAUAUUUGUUUUAUCCUUAUCAUUAGUGUUGUGAUUGACAUUGGAUUUGUCUGAAUUUUUUUGUCACUUUGUAAGCAUAUUAUUCUUUUUACCUGAAGUUCUGCUUAAUAUCUGAGAUGGCUGCUACAGUCUUGUUAGGUGUCACUAAUUAACUGGAGAUGAGCCAUAAUUUAUACUCCACUGUGAAUUAAAUAGACGGUAGUGAUGCUUUUGCACAGUAUUUCUCUUGGAUAUAAUAAUGCUAAAUGAAACCAUACCAUUAUUGCAAACACUAGAUCAGAAUAUAAACUGCCUGUUAGAACAGUGCACAGGUGGACAACAGACCUGGCUUAUACGGUUGAUUCUAUGGUUUAUUCAUAUGUUCUCAUUAAAUAAACCAUAGCUUUUAAAAUCCUUCUGACUUGUGAUUGAUUGGAUUCAUUUAGAGUUUCGGGUCUGAUUUUAAUGCUUGGUUCUUGACUCUUUUGGACAAUUUCAGUACUUAUCAGAAAAUCCACAGGGUCAGGUAUAAUGAUUUUAAAUCCUGUUCAGUUUUACUCAACGCUGAAGUCAGCAAAAAGUUUAUAUUGUGUCAGGUUAUGACACUGACAUUCAGUGUAUUUCCUGCCAAAUCUGUUAGGUUAAAAUUAACACUGAUUUCAAGGACUGUGAUGUUUAUCAAGUUUGAUGUUUUGUACAUCACUGAUUUUUGUCACCUAGUUAUUACGAGUGUAUAGUGAGUCUACCAGGUUUAAAGAUAACCUGAGUUUAGCAUGAAGUGAAAAUCCAAUUUCAGCACAGUACUGUUUUGUAUAGUAAAACUGGGUUGAAAGUUUUAUUUCCAGUUGUGAUGAAUGUUAAACUUAAACUGGCUUUCACAUAAAAGACUGCAUUUGGUUUCCUGCUUUUCUCUAAACCCCAUUGUCGGGCCCAGUGAAUUGCAUCUCAGACCCUCCUUACCACAUUUUACAAUUAGCGGUUAUUAUAAGAACAGGCUUUAUAACUGACAACAGGAAAAGGGUAUAUCUGUAGACUGUCACCAUGUUCAUGGAUAUCUAUCUGUAAUAGGUGAGUUUAGAAUUGAAAGUACUGUUGCUGUGCCACCAUUUUAUUUCUGAUUGGCCUUUCUGCAAACUUUCAUUGUCAGUGGAACGCUUGGAAAAAUUAUUAGCAGUUGUAAGUAUUUGAUCCUUCUGAAGCUAUGAAAGUGGCUGCAGCAGUGAAAAGUCCCUGGGUUAGAGGUAUUACAUAACAUGCAAUGUUACUUAAAUUGCACAUAUCUGCUUUUUUCUACUAUUGAUGAGUACUGCAGUAAAUCUUGUAUCAGAAUAUAUUGAGCAUUGUGAGAAUUGUUUUGGGCUAUACUGAGAGCCUUGAACAGACAAGGGGGGAGAUGAAGUCCUUUAUUAGUGUGCUGUUAUUUUUAGCACCCCUACGUAGCCUCCCAAGUACAUAAUACAGGAGGUCUUUUGAUGGAAAUUCACCUUAUGUCACAAUUGGGGUGCAAGAUCUAAUUGUUAAAAUUGUAGUUAUUGAAUUUCUGUCAAAGUAAUUCGUGAUUUUGGUGUUCUAUUUGGGUCACGGGUAUCACCAGUAGUUUUUAAUACGUCUGCAGAAUUUGUCAGAAAUAGGUACUAUCAUGGAAGAAAAGACUUUGUAUUGAGAUCAACGCUCAUGUGGUUAAAUACUUCCUACGAAGUAUCUGUUUUUUAAACUUGAAAAAUACUGGCCUAAUUUUUAACCUUUGUUUACUGUUGUAUACAAAUAAUGCAGUACAAUGUACUUCACUGCAUAAGAAUGCUAACUUACAUCUGAAACGAUGCUGUGUAUUAGCUGUUCCAUCUAUGGCAAACCUAGCUUGAUGUCUUCUGGCCUGUAUUUUGCUACUUUUUUUUACAAUUAGUUUAAAGAUUACUAUGUGUUUUGCUUUUUCUUUUGUUGCUAGAUGUUUGACAAUAGUUUGCCUAAAAUUCUGGUUUUCACUGAAAAAAUAACUAUUUAGACCAAGUGUGAAUGAAAAGCAAAUAUUUUAAAAUUGAUUUACCAUAUCAUCAAACCAAAUUCACAAUAAAAAGUAGGAAAGCACCUGUAGAAGAUUUGAUGGUCUUUGAAAGCUGUCCUUAAAAGAAAGUUAAUUAUGAUAGAGAUUGCGAUAAACUUGUAACUAAGUGACCAACAUACAUUUUCCCCCAAGUGCAUUGCAUGCUCUGAUUUCGUGCCUGUGGCCAGAAAAUGGAGACACAACAUUAUAAUAAAUUCACUGUUAUGGACCCGUGCCUGUCUGUACUGUUACAGAGAUCUAUCUGCAAAACUCAUCCAAGAAAUACCAGAUCUUUAAACCAAUGCACAAUCCAAAUAAUGGCAAACUGCCUUGACCUCUGAUUGAAACAUUCAAUCUUUCUAAUCAUUUUGUGUAGUAGCAGAUCUAAACAAAUGAGAAACACUCGACUGUCGAAAUAUUAGCCCAAAGACAAAAGAUCCUGGGAUUUUGCGUAAUGUUGUGUUCUUGGUACUAGAUUAUUAAUCUGAGAAUUGAGUCCAAAUCUCACAACUAAAAGUUGUUUUUAAAAAACCUAUUUGGCUACUGCAUUUUAGGGAAGAAAAUAUGCCUUUCUUUCAUUGUGUGUUACCCCAAUACGAUUAGCUCACAAUUGCUUUCUGAGAUGGUCUACCAAACCACUCAUUUGUAUCAAACUAAAUUACUUUUUUUUUUGUUGAGAAAACCACAACUGCUGUAGCCUUGGAAAAUAGGUUUGUAUAGCUUUUCCAGUAAUACGUGCAUUUUUGAAUAAAUGCUUAAAAAGAAAUGGUAUUUGGCUGCUCUGUAACGUAUGGUAAAUGAGAUUUCUGUAAUUUUUGAUGUGCGGGAUAUCAUCUGUUGUUUGAGUAUGCUAAUGCCAAUUUUGCACUGUAAUGCGAAUGCUUGUUAAUUCUGUUAUUUGAGAUUGCUAAAAAAUGUAAUUAUGCUGAAGUAUUGCAAUAAAGAAUUGUUCAAAAGUU